AAACUUAGCCAUGGAGGCUGAGGGUGACAAGCCGCAGCAGGAGACGGAAAACCUCUCCUGUAGCCUGGAUGAGGUGGAUUAUCCUCCUAAUAACUACAUCUACCGCUGGAUUGAUGGGCUGUUUGUCGUGGGGGGGAUGAUCACCUUCUUCGUCGACUGGGGUUUCGACAUAUUAACUGCAUAUACCCACUGGAAGCAUAAUGACGUCAUCUGGUUCACGCUUACUGUAAUUUUUAUAGGCGUUCCAUCUUUAGUUAUGACUGUUGUUUCACUUCACUGGUACAUUAAAGAUGGUGAUAAUCCAGAUGUACCAAAAGCUUCAAUGGUCCGGUGGGUUGUGCGCAUAAUUGUGCUAUUAUUUCAGCUUGGCCCAGUUCUUAGAUAUUUUGAUGCAUUGUAUCAUGGAAUAAAAAGUCGGAGAUAUUGGAAAGAAGGCGACAAGAAACAGCAGCGGGCAUAUUACACUCUAAUGCUGUAUGAGGAUAGUGAUGGUGUUUUCCUUCGUCUAUUUGAAUGCUUUAUGGAGGCGGCUCCACAGUUGGUGCUUCAGCUCUAUAUCUUGACUCAGAAGCCAGAGUCAGUGGAAUAUAAUAGAAAAUGGCAGUACGUACUGUCACUUGGGUGUGUCACGUCACUUGUGAGCUUGGCCUGGGGAAUGACAGCGUAUGCCCGUGGAAGUCGCUUUACCAACCAGGAGAAAAACAAUAUUUCCAAACUUGGAACAUGUGUUCUUUUUCUGUGGCAAAGUUUCAGUAUUGGUGCCCGGGUUAUUGCCUUGGUUCUUUUUGCCAGCAAGUUUCGGCUGUAUGUACUAGUGGUGUGUCUAGGUCAUUGGAUUUUCAUGGCAGUGUGGCUUAUAUCGCGGAGAUCCUUCAGUAAAGUGUGCUCCAGAGUAUUAGGAGAAUGCUUACUUAGUUGCGUGUUGGGCGUUGUGUAUAUUUUUGUCUUCAUUAAUGAUAAAGAUGAACCAACUAGAAAAAAAUAUGUGUUCUACUAUUUUGUCUGUGGAAUUGAGAACUUGGCAAUGGUUACGAUGUUUUUAAUCUUCACUGAUCCCUCAACUUGGUACUACAUUCCAGGCACAGUGAUCCACUUCAUUUUAUUUGCUUUAGGGCUGGCAUUCAUGGGUAUGUACUACAUGGUUUUGCAUCCUACAUUGUCCAAGACUCCAGCAUCACAAGCCCAAAGAAUGCAAAGGUCACAAGUGGGUUCUUAAUGAAAAAAAUCAUAAUUUUCCUAUUAUUAAAAUGUUACAUCCAAAUUAUGUAGAAUUCUAGUAAUUGAUAAGCACAGUAUGGUUGGAAAUAUUUGUUUCCAUACAGCAUAUCCAAAGAAGUGCCUUAGUUGUCUUGACACUUGAGAUCAAAAUAUAAGGCUAAAGUCAUCCCCUUCAUUACUGUUCAUUAAACAUGAGCAAUAAGAACAGAACAGUACACAACAGCAAGAGCUGUCAUAUUGAUUUGAAUUGUCUUGUUAUCUGUUUUAUUUUUGUUAUUGUGUGACUUCCUGUUGAUGUUUACUCAUAAUUUUGUAGAAUAGUUGUAGUUCUCACUCUCGACAUAUGUCGUAGUUUAAGAGAAAAUGGAGUGAAGUAAAUAUCUUUUAAAUAUAAUUCUGGUGUCGUACCUUAUCAGUUAAAUUUUUGUAUUGAGAGUUUAUUUCAGAUUAAUACUCAUAUUUUUAAUUUUGUAUUGUUCCAAGAAUAUUCUGAUGGUGCUUCUUCAGUUGGUGAAUUAUUAUCAGUGCAUAGUAACACAAGUGGCCUCUAAUUCUCUCCCUAAUAAACUUGCACAACACAUGUAGACUAAAAGACAAUUUUUGGGUUACUGUGUUUCAGUAGUACUGUAUAUGAAUAAAAGUUGAGCUUCACAUUUUGGCCCUACUCACAACAUAGUCAUACACUGAUUAUUUUUCAACUAAACACCGUCAUUCUCGCACCAAUAGUACCUUAGACUCGUGUUUUGCUUGUCAUCCAGUUCCUAUUGCUGUGUCUCCCUCAACAUACAUGUGUAUCAGGCAUCAAGAAUUUACACAUGUUGCUCCAGUGUGACAGUUUCACAUCAAGUAAUUACUUUAGUCUUCCUUUAAGUGAUGCUGUUGCUCUUAAUUUGUGAAAAUGAUGGUAGAUUGAAAUGUAAUAAUCUUCAGACUGAGCUUUAUAAUAAAUGUCAACAAGAGUUUUGAUAAUAUAAGACAACAGUUUAAUACAUAUAUAUACAAAGAAUUUAUAUUUAUAGAGUUAAUUAAUAAUUAUAUAUUUUAUUGGAAAUUCAUACUAUUGCCACAUUAUUAUUAAAUUCACUGAGUAUAUGAGUCAGUAGUGUACAUGUAAGUAUUCUUACUGCUUACAUUACAGUAUAUUCUUGUAACAUAAAAUAAGAAUCAUUAUUUCAAAAAUAUCUACAAAAUAAAGUGAUGGUAAUGACAAUAUUACAUGUUCACUGGCUGGACUUGGGUAGGUUUAUGUUAACCAUACCCACUUAGGUAUUUUACUGGGUAGAACAAGUAGAAGAAAACAAAUUAAGUUAUUGUGCUGUGAAUAGGUUAUUGGAUGUGUAAGUGGGAUUUGAAUGUUGACAACAUGCCAGGAUGUAGGAAACAAGGAUGAACAGGAACAAUGUGAUAAGAGGAAUUAUAUUGACCAACCCUUCUUGUUGGCUUGUUGAAGCCUUCUUGUUGACUUCUUGAAGCCUUCUUGUUGGCUUCUUGAAGCUUUCUUGUUUGCUUCUGUUAGUGUGAGAAGCCGUCAUGUUUCUGUACUUUAUGACUUCCACUCAUCACACUUAUGUGAAGCAUAGGAGUACUGUAUACAUAGGUAAAAUAGGUAUACCACUUAUGUAUACCCCUAUGCUUUACAUGUGUAUUAAGAAUAUACAAUACUGUAUGACAUUAUCUUGUUGCCCAAAUCUUUCAAUCUACAAGCAUUGUAUUUAUUUUUGCAAUAUUACCAUUACUCUAAUUUAUAUGAUGAACAAAUUCAUGAUAAAAUUUGAUUACAGACAUGUAUGGACAUAUAUUAAGUGUAGAAAAGAAAACCUUUUUGGAGAUGAAAAUUGUGAGUGUACUGCCCAUUACUUACUAAAGAAAUUAAUGUGUAACUCAAUAUAUAUAUAUCUUAACCUUAUGCAACUAUUCUCUCAACAGAACUUGCUAAUUUUUUUUUAAUAUAUAUAAGAGUUCUUACAUUCUUGUAAAGCCACUAGCACGCAGAGCAUUUCAUAAAAUGUGUACAAGUGUCAGAGCUGGAGAUGUUAGUGAUUAUCAGUCAUUUUAUGUUUCUCAAGUGUUUUACAUCUAGUUCCUAAAAUGGGUUUUAAUAUAGUUUUCAUAACCUUUAUAUUGUGUCUUAAGAUAUUUUUGUCUCCCUUUUGGUAUACUUUAUUUGUGUUUUUUACGCAUAUGGUAAGACAGCAUGCACAAUGUCAAUACGUGUGUGUGGGUGGGGAAAAUGGUGUUUAUUUAUAUACACUGUAUAUCUUUUAUAAAAAAAAGAUGCAAUCGACAAUGGUGUGGGUAAUAAUAUUUAAAUUACUCGGGUCAUCUGAGAUUCCAACUUGGGCCUUACAAAUAUUGUGUGUAUCCUGGUAGAGUGGCUAGAAUGGCAGUCUCAUAUUUUUCAUGGGUCCUGUAGUACAGUGGUCUACAUCUUCAACUCACACUCUAGGAUCCCAGGUUUGAUCCCCAGGUGGGACAGAAAUGACUGGGCAUGUUUCCUUUCAUCUAGCAAUAAAUAUGUGCCCAGGAGUUACGCAGUUGUUGUGGAUUGCAUUUUUGGGAAGGUCAGUAGUUAACCUAAGGGAACUCCGAUAAGCAUAAGUAUACAUUAUAUGCAAAUAAACAUAAAGGUUCACAAUAAUGGAAAAUUAGCAAUCAUUCAUCAAAGCACUUGGUGGGGGUUCAACCGUACUCUAUGUUUGGUCAAGCUCCAGUUUGUGCUCUAUUGAAUAAGCAUUUUUUCACAUUGUAAACCUUUAUUUUAUAUUAUGAGGGCAUAGAGGGGUUUUCACUCACCAAUGUCCUUAGUGGCUCCACAGUAAGAUUUAAGCUGGUUGGGCUAGAUGUGGUGCUCCAUGGCAGACAAUGAGUGGUUGGGUUACAUACUAUGCUGUAAAUGAGGUUUGUUUUCGAUGUUUUUGUAGUUAUUAUGUAUAUUUUGGUUCAAAUGAUGUAUAUGUAGAAUUAAUUAUUAUAUUGUUGGUUAGGUAUCAUAAUAAUAUUUAAUGUUAUAUAAAUAACAUACUGUAUAUAUAUUGAUUUAAUUAUCAGUAAUUUUCAACUGUACAAAUUGAAUUGCAUUGCUAUUUACAUAUUAAUAUGGUUAUUGCUUAUUUACUGUCUUUAGAUCUUGUGAAGAGUAUAAUACUCUCUAACAGUGACCAAUGUACAGAGCCACAACACAUUCGUUAGGCCAUCUCACCAGUUUUCUCCUCAGUUUCCAAGUCAGUAUUCCCGCACACAGAACAUUCUGUGCCUCUGCUUACUGAUCUACUGGUGUUAUGCUUUCAUGGUAGUCCUUGAAUGAUAUUUCUCGUCUAGGAUUCUUCAAUGGGUGUACUGUAUAUUGGAUGGACUGGCCCUGUGUGUUUCAGACAAAUUUGUAGUGAUGGCAGUUUAUUUUCCCAGUAAUCAACCCAACUACUUGGGCUGGACAGUAGACCAACGGUGUUGCUUCACACAGGUCGGUGUUUAAUCCCCGACCGUCCAAGUGGUUGGGUACCAUUUCCCCCCCCUCCACUUUCCCAUCCCAUCCCAAAUCCUUAUCUUGACUCCUAGUGCUAUAAAGUCGCAACGGCUUGGCGCUCUCCCCUGAUGAUUAAAAAAAUAAUCCCCAGUAAUUGGUUGAUAAUUGCUGCAACAAAUAUCCUCACUGUUUUCAUACUUACUCUACUUAUUUUCACCAUAUAUAUGUAUGUAUGUAUGUACUAUAGUCUUCAAUUGCAUUGGGUUUGUUUACCUUUACUUUGGUCCUAGGGUUUUCUUUGCUACUUACUGUCUUACCAUCUCAGUGUGAAUGGUUGUUAUCACAUUGUCAUGAUGCUAGCCUUUCCAUUACAAUGCUAACAUUUUAUUUUUUAUCAAUUGGCAAUCACCAUUACCAUUAUUUUUUCAAGGACAAACAUUUUCUUCCUACCCUCAGUGUGCCACAUGCUGCAAAGUUGUAUGUAAGCACAUACAAUAGAGAGGGACUUGGUUAGUAAUUAUCAGUGUACAAAGUGUCUCUCUUGUUGAUAUGUGAUGCCAUCAGUGUCUUUAUUAACCCAGAAAUUCCAUGAUGGCAAUUCUUGGAGAUGUCAAUGUUGGUGCUAGUAUACAUUACUAUUUCACUGACUGCUCCUGUUAUCUUUCAUGCAGGUAUGUAGUUUCAGUCCUAAUCUUUGGUACCUUGAUAGUAUAUAAUGCUUGGCUGAGAGACGGUCCUUGAACAACAUAAAGAACUUGUUAUUGACAGUGUUCUUGGUCGGUAAAUUAAAUUGUUUAGGUAUUUAAGUCAGUUAAGAUGUGACUUUUAUUCCAGAGGUGUUCACAUGCAUUUUGUUGUUUAUUAUUCUCUAAGUAGACAUUCCAAGAGAAACAAAAAUAUAUUUUGAUAUAUAUUUAACAAAUACUGAGGAUAGGGAUAAUAUUUAAGAAUAUUUAAAAGUUCCAAGAUAUCAUUCAACCACCACAUAUGCCUAAUGGCACCAUAGCAAAGUCCUUUGUGUGGUGCAUUAUCCAUCUGUCCUUCAUGGCUGGGUUUCUCACCUUUAUUCUCACUGUGACUUGCUUUCCCUCCCUCUUUUUCUCAGCUACAUUCGGGUUCAUUUCGUUGUAAUCAUUCUUCCCCAUUAUUGAGAAACUCCUAGAAUCGCAUAGCAGUCUUAUGUGCAUUGUGAUCACCAGCAUAUCUGUGAGUGCUGAAGCCCAGAGAUAGUAGGGUGUGCAUUGCUGCAAAAAUAAUGCUUGUGAAGGGCACUUGGGCACUGUUUUAUUUUUUUUCUCAAGAUGGUGCACAAUCACCACAAGCAUUUAGGGAUGCAAAAUGUAAACAUACAUAAAAUGAAACAUAAACAAUGCAAGCUGAGCAAUAAUAACAUGUAGCCAAUGGGAGCAGUCACCCAGUUAUCAUUGUUAGGGAGCAAAUCACCCGGUGUAUAAUUAAUCACACACUGGUAUAAUUAAGUGCAAGUGUUUGCCAAUUUGUUCCUGCAGAUUGGAACUGGGAUUUUGUCUAGCAAAGUGUUGCAUAACUAGUAUUUAACCAAUGUUUUGUGUAAUUCUUGUUUAUGAAAUGUACUGUUAAGUUUGA